AUGGCCCAUCACAUCCUCCUCACCGGCGGCAAUGGCUUCAUUGGAUCCCACAUCCUCGCUCAACUCCUCGACCGUGGCUUCACCGUCUGCUGUCCUGUUCGAUCUAAAUCCAAAGGAGAUAAAAUAUUAAACGACUUUUCCACCCAGAAAUCGCAAAUCGACAUCUCCAUAAUACCAGACAUUGUCGCACCGGGUGCGUUUGACGAAGUAUUAACCAACUCGUCAUUCGACACGGUCAUCCAUACUGCAUCUCCAUUCAUCUACGGUACUGUGGAGAGUAAUCUCGAAUUCUUGGAUCCAGCAAUUAAAGGAACAUUAAAUCUCCUGAAUGCUGUAAAGGGGCAUGCACCCAGUGUGAAAAGGGUUAUAUAUACCAGCAGCUGCGCGAGUGUUGUCAACUACGAUCUUCUUACGUCUGAUCCUCCACAGGAUCUUACAGAGGAUGACUGGAAUCCGAUUGAAUGGGAAGAGGCUGUGAAUGGCGACCAGUCCAAGGCGUACAGGGCGAGUAAGAAGUUUGCAGAGCAGGCUGCCUGGAAAUUCAUGGACGAAGAAAAACCAAAUUUCGACCUGGUGACACUGUGUCCACCGGCCACGUUUGGACCACUGCGCCACUCCAUCUCGAGUAUCAAGGAUUUGAACGAGUCGAAUUUCAGAUUGUGGAGGUUGUGCACUCAGUCCGGCAAAGAUGCGCCUGUGCCGUAUAUUCCUGUGCAUACGUAUAUUGACGUGCGGGACUUUGCAAACAUCCAAGUCCAGGCGAUGCUUGUACCGGAGGCAGGAAAUAAGCGCUUCAUUGCCUGCGCAAGCCAGUUCAGCUUUCAGGAUGUUUGCGAUGUUUUGAGAACGAACUUUGGUGAACUGGAUGAGCGUGUGCCACUUGGUAAGACUGGGGUUAGCUCUCUACCUCCGGGUGCGUACACGUGUGAUAAUUCCAGGGUCAGAAAGAUACUUGGAGUGGAAUUUAGGGACUUGGAAGAAACAGUGGCAGAUCUUGGACGGCAGUUGCUGGAGAUUGAGAAGAAUGAAAAUGGUGGAGUAUAG